UCCAGGCAGCUCCAGGGUGAGAGAAUGUCUGCCUGGCCCACCAAUGGAACACCUGUGCUGAAGCCAGGGGUACUCAAUGAGCAUUUGAUCGGGAAUGGUUGUUGAGUAAAUCACAAAGCACACCAUGCUCAUCUGAAUGGCAUGAGGUACCUCAACUCACUGAAGAUACUGGAGCCAGAAGCUUAUGAGACUCCAGAGUGGAGGAAGUGGACAGGAAGUUGUGCCUCCACCACCCUGAGAUCGGCAUGGCCUGCCAGCUUGCCUGCCUGAGAAACAGUGCCCAGCCAGACCUACUGUGCCACCAUCACAGGAGACCAGAUUCCCACUGGAAAUCCAUUAUAUGAAUCUUAUUACAAGCAGGUAGACCCGGCAUACACAGGGCGAGUUGGAGCGAGUGAAGCUGCACUUUUCCUGAAGAAGUCUGGGCUCUCAGACAUUAUCCUUGGGAAGAUAUGGGACUUGGCCGACCCAGAAGGUAAAGGGUUCUUGGACAAACAGGGUUUCUAUGUUGCACUGAGACUAGUGGCCUGUGCACAGAGUGGCCACGAAGUUACCUUGAGCAAUCUGAAUUUGAACAUGCCGCCACCUAAAUUUCAUGACACCAGCAGCCCACUGAUGGUCACGCCGCCUUCCGCAGAGGCCCACUGGGCUGUGAGGGUAGAAGAAAAGGCAAAAUUUGAUGGAAUUUUUGAAAGCCUCUUACCCAUCAACGGUUUGCUCUCUGGAGACAAAGUCAAGCCAGUCCUCAUGAACUCAAAGCUGCCUCUUGAUGUCCUGGGCAGGGUCUGGGACCUCAGUGACAUCGACAAGGACGGGCACCUGGACAGAGACGAGUUUGCUGUGGCGAUGCACUUGGUGUACCGAGCCCUCGAGAAGGAGCCAGUGCCCUCCGUCCUGCCACCGUCCCUCAUCCCGCUGUCCAAGAGGAAGAAGACGGUGUUCCCGGGCGCCGUGCCCGUCCUGCCCGCCAGCCCCCCACCGAAGGACAGCCUCCGCUCCACGCCUUCUCACGGCAGCGUCAGCAGCUUGAACAGCACUGGAAGCUUGUCUCCCAAGCAUAGUAUCAAGCAAACACAGCCAACAGUAAACUGGGUGGUGCCAGUGGCAGACAAGAUGCGAUUUGACGAGAUAUUCCUGAAGACCGACCUGGACCUGGACGGCUAUGUGAGCGGCCAGGAGGUGAAGGAGAUCUUCAUGCACUCGGGUCUCACCCAGAAUCUUCUAGCACACAUAUGGGCCCUGGCCGAUACGAGGCAAACGGGGAAGUUAAGCAAAGACCAAUUCGCGUUAGCUAUGUAUUUCAUUCAGCAGAAGGUCAGUAAAGGCAUCGACCCUCCUCAAGUCCUCUCACCGGACAUGGUCCCGCCGUCAGAGAGAGGCACACCCAUCCCGGACAGUUCGAGUUCUCUUGGAUCAGGGGAGUUUACUGGUGUGAAGGAACUGGACGAUAUCAGUCAAGAGAUUGCCCAGUUACAAAGGGAGAAAUACUCACUGGAACAAGACAUUAGAGAAAAAGAAGAGGCAAUCAGACAGAAAACCAAUGAAGUACAGGAAUUACAAAAUGAUUUAGACCGGGAAACAAGCAGUUUGCAAGAGCUGGAAGCUCAGAAACAGGAUGCCCAAGACCGCCUGGACGAAAUGGACCAGCAGAAAGCCAAGCUCCGAGACAUGCUGAGUGACGUCAGGCAGAAGUGCCAGGACGAGACCCAGAUGAUUUCUUCGUUGAAGACGCAGAUCCAGUCUCAGGAGUCUGACCUCAAGUCCCAGGAGGACGACCUGAACCGGGCCAAAUCCGAGCUGAGCCGACUGCAGCAGGAGGAGACGCAGCUGGAGCAGAGCAUUCAGGCCGGGAAAGUUCAACUGGAAACCAUCAUCAAGUCCCUGAAAUCCACGCAAGACGAGAUCAACCAGGCAAGAAGCAAGCUUUCCCAGCUGCAUGAAAGCCACCAGGAAGCCCACAGGAGUCUGGAGCAGUACGACGAGGUGCUGGAUGGGGCCCACGGCGCCAGCCUGACCAACCUAGCAGACCUGAGUGAGGGCGUCUCCCUGACAGAGAGGGGCGGCUUUGGAGCCAUGGACGAUCCUUUCAAAAAUAAAGCCUUGUUAUUUAGCAACAACGCCCAGGAAUUGCAUCCGGAUCCUUUCCAGGCAGAAGACCCCUUCAAAUCUGACCCAUUUAAAGGAGCCGAUCCCUUCAAAGGUGACCCGUUCCAGAGUGAUCCCUUUGCUGAACAACAGACAGCUUCAACAGAUCCUUUCGGAGGGGAUCCUUUCAAAGAAAGCGACCUAUUCCGUAGCUCUGCCCCCGACGACUUCUUUAAGAAACAGACAAAGAAUGACCCAUUUACCUCAGACCCAUUCACGAAAAACCCUUCCUUACCUUCAAAGCUUGACCCCUUUGAAUCCAGUGACCCUUUCUCAUCCUCCAGUGUCUCCUCAAAAGGAUCAGGUCCCUUUGGAACCUUAGAUCCCUUUGGAAGUGGGUCCUUCAAUAGUGCUGAGGGCUUUGCCGACUUCAGCCAGAUGUCCAAGCCCCCAACUUCUGGCCCUUUCACCUCCUCCUUUGGAGGGGCAGGAUUCUCAGAUGACCCCUUUAAAAGUAAACAGGAUACUCCCGCUCUGCCGCCGAAGAAACCUGCUCCUCCGCGGCCCAAACCGCCCAGCGAAGCAAUGGCUGAACAGGAAAACCCUGCGCUGUACGCGCUGCUGGGUGGUAAAAGCACACCUGUAAGCCAGCUUGGUUCUGCAGACUUUCCCGAGGCCCCCGAUCCAUUCCAGCCACUUGGGGCUGACAGCAGUGACCCGUUCCAAAAUAAAAAGGGGUUUGGGGACCCGUUUAGUGGAAAAGAUCCAUUUGCUCCUUCCUCUUCAGCUAAACCUUCUAAAGCCUCUUCCUUGGGCUUUGCAGACUUCACCUCUUUUGGCAAUGAGGAGCAACAGCUGGCAUGGGCCAAGCGGGAGAGCGAGAAGGCAGAACAGGAGCGGCUGGCGCGGCUGCGGCGGCAGGAACAGGAGGACCUGGAGCUGGCCAUUGCGCUCAGCAAGGCCGACAUGCCCGCUGCCUAGGCGAGGCCGCCGGCCACCAUGCACGUGCCCGCCGGCAGGACGGCUGCGGCGGUGGGCCUGCGACAGGCAAGAACUCGGAGGUCUCUACAUAUACACACACACUCAGCCUCGGCGGUCCCCGUUUCAUGUUGUGAUAUGUCACAGCCACUCUUAGGUAAAGGAUUCGCUGGUCUGGGGGCCUCGGGCUCUGGGUAGCUCGCUCGGGGCGAGGAAGCACAGCUCACCCUGGUGGAGGCACCCCUCGGAGAGGCCCGCGGGCCCACCUCUCUUCCGUGACAUCCCUGCCCAGUGGCAGCACCCAGCCCUUCCUCCCUGCUGGAACCAGCAGAGGAAGCACCCGACUCCUUGCCUUUCGUCCCCUGCUCACAGCCGGGCCAGUACCGUGCCCAGGGCUCACCCACCUGACGCCUCCCCGACCUCCCUCUGAGACAGACACCCUGGUGAUGUAUGCAUUCAUUGUAUAAAAAUUAAGUUUGAAUGAUUAA